CGCAUCCUUUCCUUUUUUGCGCGUUUUUCAUGAAAACUGACUUGGCUUCGAUGAACGUUCAGUGGAUAUUCAUAGAGCGUUCGCGCUGGCGACUCUUUUCCUGCAAAUCCUCACAAAGACAGUGGGAGCCGUUCGGCGCGUUUGUGAAUUCGAGAUUGUCCAUGUUGAAAGACGGCCAGGCAAACAGUUGUCUCUGGGGAACACAAAGCUUGGCAUUUUUCUUUUGCUCCAUUUCUCGCCUUUUCUCGACUGUGUGUCUCUCAGUCGCCUAGUCUCGGCUUCCUCCUCGUUUUUCGCGUUUCCUGAAACGGUGUCGCCUCUGGCGCAACUUUUCUUCGCCAGAAGAGGAAGAGCGUCCGGCAACCGAAGGGAGCCAACGCAGAAAGACUUCGCUUUUUGUUGAAUUGACUGGACGUCUGAGUUCGGGAGUUUUCUCGCUUCCCGGAGCCGCAGACUCCGAGAAAGCGAGGACUUGCUCAACGACACGAAUCUCCCCGUGCGCGCUUGCGUCUGCUCUCUUCGGUGGCAGAGCGGUAAACGAAGGCAAUGUGGAAGCAACCGUCAAAAAGGUCUGUCUGUUGCUUCUCUUUGAUCGCCUUCGUCUCCAACAUUCGUGACUUUCUCUCCUGGAGGCAGAAAAUAACGCCCUGACCUCUCCGGGCCUCCACUCUCGCUGUUGCAGUACUUUCCGCUGGACAUGUUUUUGAUGUCGGCCUCCUGCAGACCAGGUUGAGAGCGAGGACCAUCUGACGCGGACCUCCAGGUCCAUCUCUUUUCUUUAUGACAUUUGUACAACUUGCAUGGACAAAAAAACGCGGAUUCUUCAACUAUACGGUGGACGUCACUUUUGUCUCUUCGUUCGUUCCCUUCAUCUCCCCUUCGUCUCCUCCGCUUGUCUUCUUUCUCCCCUUGUGUGCUUCCUCGGUUUCACCUCCGUCGGCGGGAUAGACACACCGUUCUCAGGACAGGAAGUCAGGCGAGAACGGACGGCGUUUUCAUUUGCCGCGCCUCUGCUGUUUUAGCUCCUUUGAGGAGAAAGAAGUGACGUCGGAAAAGACAGUCGCGUUUCCGUCUCCGGUCCUCCUCUCGGUUCUGCCUUCCUUCCGCGACAGCCUUGUGCUCUGCGCCGACUGUUUUUGCCGAGAGAGAGCUCCAACGGGCGAGAGGCGUCUUCCUCAAAGGUUCGUUUUCUCCGCGUCUACACUCUUCUUCCUUCGCUGUCUCGCGGACGCCACAGGAUGGAUCAGCCAGAGUCGCAGCAAGAGGAGGCGAACGGAGACGCGCCGCCUGGCGAUCUUUCUGCCUCCGAAUCGAACGGCCCGGCGAACGAGAAAAGAGGCUCGACAGCGGCGCAGGCUGCUGCUUUCGCCUCCUGCCGGUCCGCGUCUCGCAGCUUGCUCGAUGACACACACCGGGCGACGAAGGCCGCGCGGGUCUGCGAAGCGCCAGCAGAGACGCAGGACUGUGGAGAGGACGUCAACGUAGCUGUCGAUGCGGAAGGAGGCGCCGCGGCGACGAAGCCUGCAGAAGACAGCGAGAGGGGAGAGUCGGAGAGCAGCGAGAGCGACAAGACCGCCUCCAGCGAGAUGAGCACUGCACCAGAGAGCAGGCCUUCGGCUCCGAACAAGAGCGAAAGGCCCUCUCGCGAGAAGAGCCUCUUCCCGGCAACAGACAGAGAUCCAUACUGCGCCGACGCCGAGUCUACGAAAAAAGAGAAAACGAAACGCUCUUGCUCGUCUCCCCCUGCCUCCAACGCGACCGCAAGUGUAUCUUCCUCCGCAGGUGUAUCUUCGACAGGAGUCUGUGCAUCCUGUCCGGUUUCUGUUUCCUCUGAGUCUGCUUCUAGACCGUCUGUGUCAGUGGAUGAGGCAGGCGAGGACGUUUCCGCCUUCUUCACGAUCGAAGUCGACGGGGACGCGUCGCUCGAGGCAGAGGCUCUUUCUUCUGUCUCCUCGCCGAAUCCGGCAGGGCAGGAUCUCCGCCCCGCGGUCGAGGCGGAGACAGCGCGGUGGCGGGCGCAGAGUCCUGGCCUGGGAGCUGCGUACGCGUUGUUGCAUGCGCGUCUGCUGUCCAGACUCCUCUCUCUGGGGGCUGUGCGACGCUGUAAUGACACCGCACACGAGCAGCCUGCGUCUCCGUCUCCGAAGCGAAGAAGACUCGAGGAAAAGGCGACGUCUCCUCUGGGAAGCGUCGAGUCGAGCCUCGCUCAGCAGCCACUGUCUUCUCCCGCACCGGGCUGCGAACGCUACGAAGUCUGUCAGGAGGUACUGUCGCAUCUCGUCCGCGAGGCUCAGGCCGCCUCUGCGCGCGCCUGCCAAGGCGGAUGGUCGAACUGCAUUCGGCGCGUUUUCGCGCGUUCUGGAGGCGAGAAAGAAACUCGGUACUAUUUCUCGCAGGACGGAAGCCCAAGAGCCGGCGGCAGGCGAUCCCUCCUGUCCUCUGCCUUGAAAAGGUCGCUCAUGGCGGAGGAACAGCGCGAGCAGCGUCACGAUGGCGAGCCGCAGAAAGGGAGGUCGACCGACGAUGGUCUGGAGACAGAGGAGCACGAAGGCAGUGUCUCGACUCUUCCUCGAAACGGAGAAUCAACCGACAACCACCGUUUUGGAGACAGCCAGAGUGUUCCCUCACCCUCCCCUGCCUCUGCUUCGUCUUCUGCCUCUGCUUCGUCUUCUGCCUCUGCUUCGUCUUCUGCCUCCGCUUCGUCUUCUGCCUCUGCUUCGUCGUCGGCCUCUGCUUCGUCUUCCGCCUCUGCUUCGUCGUCUUCUCAGCCGCUCUGGUUGGGGUCUUCAGUUCGUGAUGAGGAAGCGGAGAAACUGUUUUGUGUCUUGCCUCUGAAGAGCAGAGAGGAAACAGCAUGCUUGUCUUUCACCUGGAGAGAGUGGGUGACUCAUCACCGCUUCGUGCUCGCGAGUCACCAGAGUUCGACGUCGAUUUGCUACUUCUGCGGCCGACGCGCUUGUCCACGUUCAGAGGACUCCAGGACGCCUUGCCCAGCGACUCGCUGCGAGCACUGCUGUCAACGGGGGCACAGAGCCUCUCGUCAAGGCUGCAAUCGGGCAUUGUGCCUUCUUCACCGAAUCGAGGAAGCUUUUGAGGCGAGGUUCGAAGCGUCGCUCAGAGAGGACAGAGAAGACAUUCGCUGCAUUCGGUGCGGCGGUCGAGGGCACCUCAUCUGUGGAGAGGCGCCCGCCAGCGAGGGAUUCUCGACCCUUUCUGUGCGCUCAUGUACGAACACAAGAAACCGAGACGCCCGACAGAACACAGAUCCCUCUUUUCUCUGGACCGUGGACGAAGCCAAGAGGUACCUGGCUCGACUUCCCAGUUCCAUUCGAAGCAGGAAGCAGCCGCCGCCUCCGCCGCCACCCUCGACUGCGCUUCGCUCCGAGGACUUCGCCUGGAGCUCUCAGCAGGAGCAGCCAUAUGCAAAUGCACCGGAAUUUCGCGCGUUCGCACCGCGUCGAGGAGACUCCUGGAGAGGCGAGAGGGAAGCGCGGCACCGAGCAGACAGACGAGGAUACUCUGCUCGAUUCGCAGGAGAAGACGGCGACAGACGCGCUCACGCGUUUUCGCACUGGGGAAGAGACGAAGAGCGAAGAGACGAAAGAAGAGGCGAGAGCAGAGAAGAGAGGAGAGGAAGACACUGCGGCGCGGACAACGAGGGCCGAUGGAAAGAAGACAGAAGACACACGCCAGAUGCGGGUCCGCUUUGCUUUUGCCGAGAGGGGAGAGAUUCACUCUGUGGUUUUUGUGAUCCUUCUUUCAGUGUCGCCUUUCGCUUCACGAGCUCCGUUUUCGAAUAAAGUCUGCACUUUUUUUUGAAGUUUGUACCAUUUUUAAGUCUUCGGUUUUCUUCAUUUUUGGCCAACUCCGUCUGUGUGGUCUCGUCCACGUUCGCGUCUCUUUUUUUUCUCUCCUUUUUUCUCCUUCGCUGCCCCGCCGUCUCGUGAUCGUGCCUCCACCUUCUCUGUCUCCUUCUCGCUGCUUUGUCUCGACGAACACAAAUGUCUUCUGCGAAUCCUCCCUUUGUUUGUUUCAGGCCUUCAGAGCGCACUGCCUCCGCCGCCCCUGCCGUCGGGUGGCUUUUUUUUCCUGCCAGGAGCGCCGCCGUAUGCGCUUCGCGAGCCUCCCGUCGGCUGUGGAUUGCCUCUCGCGCUGCCUGUUUCUCAGGUUUCCCCGCCGCUCUCUUGGCCUCCUCUGCCAGGGCCUCUCCCUGUGGGUCCGGUCGCCGUCUCCUCCAGAGCGGCAGCGUACGCGCCUGUCUCUCCUCACUGUGCUCCGUCUCCUGUCGCUCCUCGAGGGUGUUCAGGGAACCCACCGUCUUCUCGUUUUCCGCCGCAUGCAAACGCGUCGAGACUUCGCGAACGCGCCCACCAGAGGCCUUCUUCCAGAGACUGGGACACAGACUCGCAACACCACCUGCCUUCCUCUUCCUGCUCCUCUUACGCGUUGGAGGGGCGGUCCGAGUCUUCUUACGCAUGCGAACGCGCGCCAUGGAAGCUCCAGCGAGAAGAACGGGCAGCGCAUGCGCCUUCGGGUGCCGCCUUCUUCUCUGCGGGGGCUGACGGACGGCACAGCGGAAGACCUGGAGAAGAGCGAGGAAGACAGCGUGAGGGAGGAGCUUUUCGGCGGCUGCAGGCGCGGCAGCCGCGUUCCUGAGAAUGCGGGGGCGUAGUCUCCUUCGAAAGAUGCGACGGGGAUGAAGGCCGACUCGAGAGAACAGAGAGAAACUGUCACUUCUCGCUUUGCACUGGAUAUCCAGUAGAGAGAGGUAGAGGGAACCUGGCGUGAGAGGUGAAACGCAGGAGCUAUCGGGGGAGAGGUCACGAAGCCUCGGGCAGACGCACAGAACAAAGAAAGAAGAGAAGCCUUUCUUUGUUGGCAGAGAAGACUCCACGGAGCGUGCAGUCUCAUGUCGCACAUGCAGGCAGAGCCCAGUCAGGUUUCCUUCGAUUUUUUCGCUCACCUGUCGCGUUUGAUUCGAGGGCGUCCUCGCGCGGGUCACUCCCGGGGCGUCCUCGGUUGGCUCUUGCGCAUGCACUUUUGGCCUGCGGGCAGUCCCCGAAAAGGUUGACGCUUUUCCUUUCAGGUUGGCUCUUGGGGGUCUCUGCGUCUUCCGGUGGCUUGUCUUUUUUGCGUCGUGGAAGAAACUGAGAAACGCAAAGGAGUCUGUCUCUCUGGGCUGCGUGAGAGAACGUGGUGACUCAGAUGUCAGUGUGACCAGUACCAUCGUCCUGGGAGGAAUCACCUCUGUGGAUUCUUUAUAAACGUUUUCUGGGGAGGAUAUACUACGAACAGGACUCCAGGCUUUUCCAAGAAAAAAAAGUACUCAGUGCUCCUCAGUUUCCUUCGCCCCACACUCUCGCGCAGAAACUUUCGUCCCCACCGCACUUGGUUCAACCUCCACAGCGUCGCCCCAUGCAGUCCGACUCUGUUCGCAUCUGCAUGCAUACACAGACUGUACCCGUACACCCGAACAAGGAGAGCGCGCAGAGGCCUUUGCGCAUGCGUCUGUGUUUACCGACUCCCUUAGUUAUACAUGCGAACCUACUGUUCGUUUUACUGUGCGCUCAUUCAGCAGCAGACGUGGACCUCCUCGCAUCUGAGGCCUUCUCUCCUUCUGUGCUGC